AUGAAAGAGGAGAAGGAGGGGGGGAGAUGGAAAGAGAGCGCCAAGGACCAGGAGGCGUGGUACGACAAGAUCGAGGACGGGGCGGCAUGGUUCAUGAGGAAAUGGCACAGACAGGAGGCGGAAGCAUCCGCGAAGCGCCAGCGCCAGCGCGCGGAGGAAGCAGAGACGGAGAGGGCUUCCAAGCAGGAGGAGGAGGAGGAGGAGGAGGAGGAGGAAGAGGAGGAGGAGAAGGGCGAGAAGAGCGACGUACCUCACGAAGGUCCGGCGAACGAUUCGUUAUCGUUGACGUCGUCAUCGUCGUCUCCGACUUUCCGGCUUUCGUCGUCGAGAAGGCGUUCUUGGGACAGGGGAAAGAUGGUCAUCACCAGCAGCUUCAGGACACUCCUGUCGCCCAACCUGAAUGCCGACGUGGGUGACGUCACUCCGCGACGACGACCCGGAUCACGGCGGGAGGACGGCAGACGCGGUGAUGCCACCCCCGACAGUGGCAAUCUCCCGGCCGAGAGCGGCAAGCCGACCGCAGCAGCAGCUGCGGAGGAGAGAUCAGCAGCGGCGGGAGCGAGAUCUGCCAGGUGA